CCCGGCGGGCCGCGCCGGGGCGCGCCGGCCCAGGAGUGCCUGGAGUCGCUCGACCUGCAGCUGGGGGGGGGCCGGCAGCCGAGCGAGGAGCGGCCCAAGGCCUCGGGCGGGCUGGGACCAGCUUCCGCCGCCGGCGCUGGCGGCGAGGCAGCGGACGCAGCCGCGGCCGUGGCCGGCCAGGGUGGCGACGCCUGCCGGGCUGGCGCUGGUGGCAUGGUGCACGUGCACCUGACCAGGGAGGAGGUGGGCGGAGGCGCGGGGCGGCGGCUGGGGAUCGAGGUGCUCGAGGCGGCGGCCGAGCGGGGCAUCCGCGUCACGGCCAUCCACGAGGGCGGGCUGGUCGCUGCGUGGAACGCGCAGCGCGCCGAGGGCCGCCUGCUCGCUGGGGACGUGAUCUUGGAGGUCAACGGGCAGACGGAGGACCUGACGUCUGUCCUGUCCCAGGCCGCUGCCAGAGGAGAGCCCCUCGACAUCCUCGCGGCCGUGCCCAAGGGCGCCGCGCGCCCCGGCGCUGGCGCUGCUCACGAGCUCGGCCGCGCCGCGCACGUGCUCGCCCUACCGACCCGCAUGACCGCGGUGAAUGGCGUGCCACAGGAGUCUCGCGAGCAGCGCCGCGUCUGUCCGCUGGCGACCUCGCCCUGUCUGCCCUCCAGCCUGCCCUCGUGCGGCACCGAGCCCUCUGGCUGCAGGUGCGAGCCCACCCGCGCGGGCACCGAGCCCGCCAGCGAGCGCUGCAGCUGCACAGCGGGCACCAGCAGCGAGUCCACCCAGCAGGCGGAAGGGCCACCCCGCCGAGCGAGCCGCGGCGGCAGCGUGGGCCCACCGCCCCAGUCGGACGUGAGCCAUCUGGCCGCCCACAGCAGCGGCUGCAUGAGCGAGCCGCUGCCGCUGGGGCGGAUCGACCCGGCGCGGUUCAACUCGUCGUCGUCGACGCAGUCCCCGAGGCGCAGGUCGCACUCGAGUUCCUCUCUCGGACUUCCAGCGGUGCAGACGGUGCAGACGGUGCGGCACCAGCGCGAAGAUGGGCUGGUAGAGGCGAUGGUCAACGACCAGGGCUCGCUCGUCUCUGAUGGCUCGUUCUGCACCGUGGACUCGCUGGGACCGGAGGGCCACGUGAGCGCGCCGUUGUGGCUCCGCAUCUGCGGCAUCCUGCCGUGGGGCCAGCGAGGGGUGACCACAAGCUCGGCCCUCCGCUCCUGCUACUGGCACCUCGUGCUCGUGUCGGUGGUGCUCAUCGUCUGCUUCCUCGCGUUCGCGGCGGUCUACGCGCCGUCUGGGUCGUGCAAGCACGAGGCGUGCCUGGGCUACGCCCAGAUCACCGACCUGGCCCUGGCGGUGGGCAGCCUCCUGGGGCUCCUCGCGAUGCAGUCCCUGUCGUCCCUGGGCAUCCUCGGCAGCGCGGAGUCCAUCCUCGUGGCCUACGCGCGCAGGCAGGAGAUCACCGGGGCCUGGUCGGCUGCCGUGAGGGGCCACAGCGCGCGGCUGGCUGGCCUCUGGGCGUGCAGCGCUGCCCUGCGGCUCGUCUCGCUGGUGGGGGGGCCCUGGCCCUCGCCCCUGGACGUGGCCACGGCGGGGUGCUACGCCGUGACCAGCCUGGUGUUCCUCGGCGUCGUGAGCGGCAUCCUCCACGUGAGCUGCGCCCUCACCCUGGUCAUCGACUCGUACGCCACACACUUCGACGGCGCGCACUUCCGGCUGGAGACGAGCGUGCACGAGUGGAACCUGCUGCAGGCGGUGCUGCGCAAGGUGUCGGGGGCGGCCGAGCGGGGCUUCAUGGCGGUGCAGAGCACCGCCGUCGCACUGGUCACGGGCGUGAUGCUGGCAGCGCGGGGCCCUCUUCGCGGCGAGGCUGUCGGCGAGGCAGUCGGGGCCGGCGACGCGGCGUGGCUGUCCUCCGCGGCGCUGCUGGUCGUGGGCGCGGCGUUCAUCUUCUUCAAGACCGCGGAGGUCUCGGAGAGGUGCAUGCGCAUGCCGUCCGUGAUCAAUUCUUUGAACUUCGGUGAGUGCGUCGACGCUCGGAGGCACUAUCUGGUGGAGUUUAUCAAGUACAGUGCCGCAGGGUUCUACGUCUGGGAGGUGCGCCUUACGGCCGCGGUCGCGCUGAAGCUGACGUACUUCUGCUGCAUCCUGGCCUUUGCAGGCCUCAGCCAGCUGUACGCACAGGAUCUCUGAACUUCUCCCGCAUGUAGACCGUCUUUUUCAUCUAGCGGUUUGCGCCUGCCUAUAUCAACGAGUGGCUCGCAUGGGCCGCCUCUUUCUCCUCCUUCUCCUCUUCCUCUUCCCUCGUCCUCCUCACUCCUCCUUCCUGUCGCAACUGCAUUGUCGAUUUGACGGUUCAUAGCAUGGGUUUGCCUAUUGCAGGCCGGCUUGUGCGGUGCGACCUUUGGAUUCGCAAUGUGGUUGCGUCACCCGCGGUGUCUUUGCGUGGAACAGAUGACAAAGUGGCCAGUGCAAGGAUAACGUACCGCGCCGGGCCAGUCUCCUGUCCGACAGAGGGUGCUUGCCUGUCUGGAGGGGGCUGGCAUGACAAAUUAAGGUGGUG